CUCUCACAGAGUCCGUGCACUCUGAAGCAGCGACUGAAAGCAAAAGGAAACACCGCAGUUUUGAGCUCAGGAGUUGUCAGACUACUUUUAAUACAGUUGGAGUGGACACUUGCAAUUUUCGAGGAUGUUUUCAAUCGGGGAGACGAUGGAGUUUCUAAUGGGAAACCCCUUUUCAACGCCCGUCGGUCAGAGAAUCGAGCAAGCGACCAGCGGCUCUCUACAGUCAGAGGACUGGGGGCUCAACAUGGAGAUAUGUGACAUCAUCAACGAGACAGAUGAGGGGCCAAGAGACGCUGUCAAGGCUAUUAAGAAGAGAAUUGUUGGAAACAAGAACUUCAGAGAGAUCAUGUUGGCCCUUACUGUUCUUGAGACCUGUGUGAAGAACUGUGGCCAACGCUUCCACGUUCUUGUGGCGUCGCAGGAGUUUGUUGAAGGAGUUUUGGUCCGCUCCAUUCUGCCCAAAUACAACCCUCCCACUGCCCUCCAUGACAGGGUGCUCAGCCUCAUACAGUCAUGGGCUGAUGCAUUUCGUAGCACUCCCUCCCUAGCAGGGGUGGUGUACGUAUAUGAUGACCUGAGGAGACGUGGUCUAGAGUUCCCCAUGACAGAUCUGGAUGCUCUGUCCCCCAUCCACACUCCAAAUAGGAGUAUCCCAGAAAAUGGGACUGCUGAGAUGACCCCUGCUGCUGCUCCCACACAGCAGUCACAACCACAAGCACCUUCCAGUGUUACCACUCAGAAUACUUUACCCCCAGUCGAGUCCAGUGAGGAGCCAGCUUCCCUCUCUGCAGAACAGGAACAGAAGCUGCGAAGCGAGCUGGCGCUGGUGAAGGGAAAUCUUACUGUGAUGUCAGAAAUGCUGAAUGAGUUAAUACCUGGACAGAGCAAGCAAGAUGAUACAGAGCUGCUACAGCAACUGUACUCGAUGUGUAAGAGUAUGCAGACUCGAGUGGUGGAGCUCAUCCCCCAGCUGCUGGAUGAAGGGUUUAUUGAAGAGCUGCUCGUGGUCAACGAUGACCUCAACAAUGCCUUCAUCCGCUAUGAGAGGUUUGACAGACUGAACAAGGCACAAAUUCCAAAUACUCAACAGAGCUCUACCACAAUCCCGAGCCUCAUCGACCUCAGCCCUGAGCCAUCAACUCUCAGCCAACCUGCUGUCAUCGCAACAACCAGCCAACCAGCAGUCAGUACCGGGGCCAAUCAACAGCAAUCAGCCAACCACAAAGAGGAGGAGGAGUUUGACAUGUUUGCCCAGACAAGAGGCAGCUCCCUGGCUGAGCAGAGGAAAAGUGUUAGGUAUGAGGACCCGGGAGCUGUGGAGGGCCUUGCUGGAGCUCUGGAUACGAGGUUGCAGGUCACAGGAGGGAUGCCACCAGCGAAAAACUCUCUGCAGAAUGAUGUUGACAAAUGGUUAACUUGUGAUAUGGAAGACCAUUCUUUAGUUAGUGAAGGAGUGUCCAGUGAAGAGUUUGAUAAGUUUCUGGAAGAUCGGGCGAAGGCGGCAGACCAAGGUGGGCAGGCAGUUCGCAGCGGGCCACCCUCCACAUCCAGACCACCGCCACAGUCUACCCGGCAACAGGACCGAUCACAUGACCAGCUUUUUUCACUUUGAGUUUGAGGAGAAACAAGAGAAGCGGGUGGAUGUAGAGGUCAACACACACACGCAAUCAUAUUAAAAUACCUACAAUCACACACAUGCUGUGUCAAAAGGAAACUUUGGUAUUUUUCAACCUGGACCCUAUUUUCAGUGUAUGUCCAUUAAAAUUGUUUUUGCCACUGACAGGCUCCGAUUGUUAUUUUAAGUGUCUGGAAGCAUUACGGAAAGGAUCCUACAGAGAAAUUUAUUGUUUCUAAGCACCUUUUUGCUGGUCUGUUUAUUAGUUUCAUUCUGAAAUGUUGCAAUGUUGCAAAAAGAAGUGGUGAAAACGUUUGUGAAAGUUGGAGAAAGGAGUGCUGGCAAGAGUUUGUUGUAUUGGAGUACAAAAAGUGUAGGUUAGUGAGAGAUUUUCAAUGUCAUGGCUAAUUAUUUAGCUGAUUUCAACUAUGUUAAAAAGCCCCUCGGGAUUUCAGAUUUUUAGCGAGACUUGGUUACACAAACUAACAAACAGACUGAUUCAGCGAAAGGUAUGGAGAAACAUUUAAUUUCUCUGUAGGGUCCUUUCCCUAAAGUUGUGAGACACUUCUAAACAGGGAUGGGCAUGAGUACUUGAGAACUCCAUUUGGACGUCCGUCAAUGUGUAAUCACCACCCAACCUCCCUCAUGUAAACAUGA